AUGGAAGAUAAGCUAAAUUCUUUGGAAUUGCAAUUGCUCAACUACAAUAAAAUCGGAAUGGAACUUUUAAGAGAAAAUAAAUUUUCAGAAUCUCUAUAUUACUUAAAAGAAGCAGAAGCAUUACUUUCAUCACAAUCUCAAAGACUGAGAAGCAUAAAAUUGAUCGGAAUUACCUUAAAUAAUCUUGGCUGCUAUUACAAAAAAUGCAAACAUCCAGAGCUCGCAUUAAAAUACAUUUCACAAGCUAUAAACUACGAAAAAAUCGAUGCAAAUCCUGCCAACUUAGCAGGAACGCAUUUAAAUUUAUGUGUUAUUUAUAGUGAAUUAGAAAGCCAUGAAAAAGCUUUAGAAGAAGGUCUAAAGGCAAUAGAAAUCUUAGAUUCUGAAUCAACUCUUAAUAUUAAUUUGAUAAAUACUCAAAUUAUUGCUUUCUAUAACAUAGGAGCUGAGCUGGAAUACUUAAAAAGGUUUUCUGAAAGCUUGGAGUAUUUUAAAAUGGCCUAUCAAGUCUCAAUUGAAAAGCUAGGAAUCAAUAACGAUCUUUCUUUGGCAAUGAAGAAAAACCUUGAUGAUGUGAGUAAUAGAUGCAAAAAUCAUGCAAUUAAUAAGCCAAAGUUAAGAACAAAAUCAAGUUUUGGACAAAAUGUAAAAUCAGAAACACCUCGCAGAAAUAUAAAUUCUUCAUUACCACCUAUGAGUCAGUAUAGAGAUUUGCCGAAUGCGAUGUCACCAAAUCUUUGCUAUUUAAAACAAAAAAUUGAAAUAGAGUUUCCGAAAAUUCUUGGAAAAACUGAAAAUUCUGCUUGAAAUUAUGAAGCAAAAAGUAUUAAGGAUGGAAGCUCACCAAAAACACAUAAAUAUCAAAGGUUUUUAACUGGAGAGAGGUUGCAGCCGAUGUUUUUUAACCCUAAUUUAAAGAUUCAACAUAAAAGGAAUAGCAAAACGACUAGACCAGAAAAUAAAAAUAGCAUUCAUAAGAAAAAACGUUUGAUUUUUGGCCAAAAUUUAACUGAGGAAAAAAGACUAACAGGAAGAAGCAUUAGAAAGAAAGACAAAUUUCUGAAAAAAGAUGCUAAAGAAUUGGCUGCCAUAAAAAUUCAGAGAUUUUACAGAAACUAUCUUAAGAUGAGAAAAAGAAAAAAUUUGUACAGAAAACGACUUGAAAUAAGUAAUACAGAACCUAUCAAUAUUUUAAAUAAGUUAAAUCAAAAUACAAAUAAAAAAGGAACUGGGUUUAAUAAUAAAAACUAUCAAGAGUUAAUUGCAGAAAGGAAUUUAAAUAUUGCAUAUGCUCAAGCUGCAAUUAGAGGCUAUGAAGAAAGAAAGGCUCUCAACUUGAUGAGAAGAGCUUCUAUUAUAAUUCAAAAAAAUUUGAGGAAAUAUCAGUGCAAGAAAUUAUAUAUUGAAAUCAGAGAAGCCAUCAUAUUUAUUCAAAGAAUUUAUCGUUCAUAUAUUAAAAAUAAGACAACCAUUCGAAAUUAA